UAGAGGAGUCAAUGGUUGGCCACCCCAGAGGACGGCAGCAUUUGAGACGCCCUCCGGCUCCUUCGUACCCUAAAAGACACAGAGGGCACAUGGGUUGUCAACCACACCUCUUCUUCCUCCCCGCCUCACAACCACCCUCCUAUUUAUAGACCCCACCACUCACCUCUUCUCCAUUCUCUUCCUAUCGCCACCUACAGCCUUCAUUCUUUUCUCACCACCAACACCAUUUCUUCUUCCCUUCACAACUCUUUUCUCCAACGAAAACAAGAAAACAAACUCUUGUCCACCUCCAUCAUGGGCUUCCCUUCUGUUUGUUAUUGUGUCAUCCUUCCAAAGCCUCUAAUCCUUCUAGUUCAGCUCCUCGACUGCCUAAAGCUAGCCGUGUCGACGGUUCUCUUCUGUCUUGGAGUUGCCUCGUCGCCUGAAGAUUAUGUCUAUCCUCUCUCGGCGGCCGACUUCUCGGUUCCUUUGUCUCUUCCAAUCACCCCUUCGGUGAUCAAGAGUAGGAUUCCGGUUGUAAAAUUCUCGAGCUUUCGCCGGAGUUCAGCCCAAGGGGAGGAGUCUACAUGUGUUGUUUGCUUGGGAGCAUUGGAGGCAAUGCAUGAGGUUAGGGAGCUUGGCAACUGCUUUCAUGUGUUCCACAAGGGGUGCAUAGAUAAGUGGGUGGACAUGGGUCAGGUCACCUGCCCAUUAUGUAGAGCCCAGUUGUUGCCCAAGGGAAGGGAAGAGAAAGGGAUGGCUAUUGGGUUGAUGUAAAGCUUUUGAGAUAAUUAUGAGGCAUGCUUUUCAGGAAAUUGUCAAUUAGUAUGUGAGAGGCCUAAGGCUGGUCUUGUAGAGGACUAGGUACACUGGAACCAAUGUGUGAUCACAUUUAGAUUUUUGUAAUUUUUUUGCCCUUUUCUUUUGGGAACUGAAUCAUGUGUACAGUUGAUGGUGGAGUAUCUUCCAUGACUUUGAUGCUAGGGACUGGUUUUUUGUUCAUUCCUAUAAAGGGCUAGGUGAUAUUGUAUGGGUUCCACUUCCAAAGUGGAAUAAAUAAAUGUUGGGGCCUUGGUUUCAGAAUUCAGAAUACAGGAUGAGCAAUGAUGGUUA